GGCCAUGGCGGCGGCGGUGGCGGCCGGGCCGGGCAUCGGCGGCGGCGGCGGCCCGCGGUACAGCCUGCUGGCCGAGAUCGGCCGCGGCGCCUACGGCGUGGUGUACGAGGCGGUGUCGGGCCGCAGCGGCGCCCGGCUGGCGGUGAAGCGGAUCCGUUGCGACGCUCCCGAGAAUGUGGAGCUGGCGCUGGCCGAGUUCUGGGCCCUGACGAGCCUCCGGCGGCAGCACCCCAACGUGGUGCGCUUCGAGGAGUGCGUCCUGCAGCGGCACGGCCUGGGGCAGCGCAUGAGCCACGGCAACAAGCGCAGCCAGUUCUACCUGCGCCUCGUCGAGACCUCCCUCAAAGGUGAGAGGAUACUGGGCUAUGCAGAGGAGCCUUGCUACCUGUGGUUUGUCAUGGAGUUCUGUGAAGGAGGAGACCUCAACCAGUACGUGCUGUCCCGAAGGCCCGACCCUGCCACCAACAAGAGCUUCAUGCUGCAGCUGACCAGUGCCAUUGCCUUCCUGCACAAGAACCACAUUGUCCACCGGGACCUGAAGCCAGACAACAUCCUGAUAACUGAGAAAUCUGGCACUCCUGUGCUCAAGGUGGCUGACUUUGGGCUGAGCAAGGUCUGUGCUGGCCUGACUGCUCGGGGCAAGGAGGGUGGGUAUGAAAACAAAAAUGUGAAUGUGAACAAGUACUGGCUGUCCUCAGCCUGUGGCUCUGAUUUCUACAUGGCACCCGAGGUGUGGGAGGGACACUACACUGCCAAGGCUGACAUCUUUGCCCUCGGCAUCAUCAUCUGGGCCAUGAUUGAGAGGAUCACCUUCAUUGAUGCUGAGACCAAGAAGGAGCUGCUGGGGACUUACAUCAAGCAGGGGACCGAGAUUGUGCCCGUCGGGGAAGCGCUGCUAGAAAACCCAAAGAUGGAGCUGCACAUCCCUCAGAAACGCAGGACUUCCAUGUCUGAGGGGAUCAAGCAGCUCUUGAAAGACAUGUUGGCUGCUAACCCACAGGAUCGACCUGAUGCCUUUGAGCUUGAAACCAGAAUGGACCAGGUUACAUGUGCUGCUUAAAUUCAGGGCAAGGCACCGCUGUGCUUUGCAGCUGGAUUUAUUUACCAGGGACCCAUAAUCUCCAUUAUUUACGUGCAAGAAGGAAAUCAAAGAUAAGGGAAGAUGAUAAUACAGAAGAUCCCUGGUCUACAGGAUCUCUUGCAAUGUGAAAUAUUUGAGUGUUACUUUUUUGUGUUGGGAAGGGUGUUGUGGGGGUGUGGGAGGGGGCUGCAUGUGCCUGUGGAAGAACACAAGCUGGCAGCUGUCACUCACAAAACUUUGAAACAAGAUCCAGAGAGCAGAGCUGCCCUUGCCCAGUCCUCCCCGUGUCUCCUCUGCUGCUGUUUGACUCAUUAGAUGUUUUUAGGGAUGUGGUUCCAUAAGGAAGUGGGAAUCAGCAGCCUGAUGGUGAGGUGUACUGCCAGGCACCAGCUCUAAGUCCAGCUGGGCACAGCUUUGGGUUCAAAGCUAUUGAUUUUGCCUAGGGAAAAUGGGAGCAAAGUGGUGGGUAGGCUUGGAUUGGGAGUGCAGUGCUUUAGGAAAGAGGAAUCUCUUGGUCCACAUGUUGCAAGCAGCUAAAUAAUUUCAUAGCCAGGCAGCUCCUGAAUAGGUGGUGCUGCCCAGGCUUGUGAGCAGCUGACAUUAGGAUAAACAAGCUGGAAAGCCAUUUGGCAAAGUAGGUCUUCCCAAGCUGGAUUUUAUGAUCAUCUUUGUGACUGUAUUUCUGUACAGAGGGAACUGGGGAGCUGCUGAGUACAUUUUCAGGUUGACAUCAUCUGAGUACAAGAGAAACAAAAAGCAGUCCACUGCUCUGAUCCAUUUAAUGCCAAACUUCAGUCGAUAGGAACAAUGCUGUGGAGAGAAGGAGGUUUGGCCUAAUGGGUCAAGGGCUGGAUUUUAGCCUCCCACAGGACACUUUUCCCUGCUAGCUAAUGAUCUCCAGGAAGCAAAAGGCAAUGCUGCUAUUCAGGAUAGGCUACAGUAUAGUACAGCUCAGGUCAGGAGAUUGGAACCUCAGGCUGAGCACUUAAAACUCUAUUUCCUUGCCUAUAUUUAAAGCAAAACUCAUUUUCUGGGGCUGCCCUGUGUUGAUGAUCUUUAGACUUUGCUCACUGUAAAUGCAAUGUAAAGCACCACCUCUUCUCCACUCUGCAGCUUCUGAACCACCUAAAAUGUUUCUCAGCAGGUGAAAUCACCAGCAGUGGUUUGGGAAGUGGGGCUGGUCUGACCCAGGGUGCUCAGUCUGGAGCUGUCCAUGGCCAUGAGCAGGACAGAGUCCCCCUGGUCCCCUCAUCCCUGGCUGUGGGAACUGCUCUUUGCCUGCAGCUUUCCUCUGCCAUCACUGGAAGGUUCCUAACUGGCAGCACCUCCAUGUAUCUCCUCAGUGUACUGUGCUGAGCUCACAGGAAUGAAUGGAAAUGGAGGAAAUUCAGGUGGGCUCAGGCAGAGCAGGGAAAGGUUGGAGGGGCUUCUUUCUUUUUUUUCCAUCUUUUCCAGAACACAAAGCUAAAGCUGUGGCUGCAGAAAGGCCUAGUCCUUCUUAGGGGGACCGGGAGGCUCCAGACUGGCUGUCUGUGACUUGUGAAGGUUUGGACAGCACAAAUGCACUGCCAAGCCCUUGUUCUCACACUGUGUUUGUCCCUAGGGAUGUUUCUAUGGGCUGCAGAUGGGUGGGAUUCCUGCAGCUUCCUGUGCUGCAUCCCACAGGGAGGGGAGAAUGAACCAUUUAGCUCAACAGUGCAGUGUUAGUGCCCUGAUCACUGGACCAUCCUUCCUCCACCUGGCAGAGCCUUUGCUCCUGACUGUCA